UUUUAUUCAACGUCACGAACGGGUGCUUUUGUUGACAUUUCGAAACAAGGAUUAGAGGUAAGAAGAAGUACCUAAGGAUUUCUUAGAGACAAAAGAGAAACAGAAUGUUUAUAAGAUGUACCAUCUUCUUUGUGUCAUACUUCGCAAGUCAGUUUACAGAAGCAAUAGAGACCACAGAAUAUACGUUUGGGAAUUCUUGUCCCACUUUGGAAGAAGUUAAUGAAGAUCGCCAAAUUCACAUCAAUUAUGAAGGCCAAAAGGUUCGCUGUUAUUACAUGUCCUUUGAGGGACAGGGAGAGGAUAACAAGGAUAGAUAUAAAGUCUGUGUUACACGGCAAUGGUUCCAAGAUCCAGACUGCAGUGUAGAAAUAAUUUUUAGGUCUAGUUACGGUGGAAGAAAAUUAAAGAGUUUUACGUGUUCAAAUUCUUAUACAUCAAAGUUCUGCACAGACAGAGAUGAUCCAUUGUAUGUCUACUUUGAAACACGUAAUUGGAAAUCAACAUCUGAUGUCAAUUUCAGAUUUCUUGUAACUGCUGAAAAGGAUGUUGAUCACAGUGAAAUAGUUUUGGCCAUUACUGGGGGAGUUAUCGGCUGUCUUGUGUUUAUAACGAUGCUUACUGGUCUAUUUUGCUGGUGUGUCUGCAGAAGAAAGCCGACAGCGGGACGUGUAAUCCAUCAAACGGGGCAAGUUACAACUGUUACUCAGCCUGCCUUUCCCUAUGCCACAUAUUCUGCACAAGCAACUGGAAACACCUCUCUUUACCCUACAGCGAACUAUUCAACACAAUAUUCAACAGGUUAUGUUACACAACCCCCAGUUCAAUCUACACAGACAACCGAAUGGCAGCAAACACAAAAACAAGCGUCAGCAACCCCACCAAGUUAUGAUGACGUCCUAAACUAGUCGAAGACUAUCUGCUAGUAUCACUGAACUAGAAAUCCAAGGGCAUUUAUUAUAUAAGUUUUUGUGUAUAUUACAAAAUCAUAUAAUUAUGUCAGAUGAAUAAAAUACCUUAUUUUUACCGUGAUGUAUUAUUGUGACGUAUUAUCUUUUUAUUUAUGCUUCCAACAUAUGUAUCUGUUAGAUCUACUGUGAACAAAAAUGAUUUUAUUUUCUUUUGAUUUAAGCAAUACUUUUUUUCGUAUGCAUAAAUUUGUUUGAAGCAAAUUCUUAAUAAUAAUUAUUGUAAGGUGCAAACACAGAAUAUCAAGAAUAAAUGUUUUUUAUACAUCAUACCGUCCCAGUGUCUGUAUUAUGUUGUUUUCUAUAUUAGAAAGUAAUUUUUGUUUGAUUAGUCAGAAUUUGAAGUGUACAUGCAUUCCUUCUACUUUUCUUUAGUAAGUUUAAAUUAAAAAUAAGGAUGUCUCAUGAUUUAUGGUUGGAGAAUAUGUCAUUUCUGACACCUUUUUUCCCUCAGUUUUCCCCUCUUGUUUUACAAAUUUUUUUUUUCAUAUUUUACACUGUUUUUGAUAUAUAUACAGUAUUUGACUUGACAAAUUUAUGAAAACUCCAUUGUGAUAGCACACCAAUGAAUUUUAACAACGAUAUCCUAUGAGGUCAGUCCACUGUAUAAAGGAAUUAACAAAUUGUAUAAUCAUGUUUGCAUUACUUUUUCUACUUUGCCUAGUUGAAUAUAUUGCAGGUCAAAAAGUCUUUUAUUGAUGCAUUCUACUUUUUUAGAAUGUAACGGAGAUUUUUUUUCAUAAAAAAUCAUUUACGUGACAACAAUCAUAGCAACUGUUCUCUGCUUCUAUUUUGUAUUGUUUUAUGGAUUUAUGAUCUUGAAUACUGUUCGUCAUUUCCAUAUAUUUCAUCUAAAAGGGAGACAAAAAGGCAUUGUAUGCAUAUCCACAGUUUGCAUUUUGAUGAUCUGAGAUGUUUUAUUAAAGGUUAUCUAUUUGAAAAAAGAAGAUUGAAAUAUAAAUAGGCUUCAAAGGAGUAGAAAUGUAUAUACUCUUUUGACUUUCGUAAAUUGUUUUUGUUUCUAAUUUUAUUUUUAGACAAAGUUUAUGA